AUGGCAACGGUACAAGUUAGUGAAGCUGAAAAGGUGUAUAUUUUACAUGGCAUACGCGAUGAUUUGCGAGUGGAUGGAAGGGGCUGUGAAGACUACAGACACAUGGAGAUUGAGACUGACGUGGUGUCAAAUACUGACGGAUCUGCCAAAGUUGCUCUUGGCCACACUGCAGUUCUCGUGGGAGUUAAAGCUGAAAUUGGGAAACCAAAGCCCAUGGCUCCAAAUGAGGGCUAUUUAGAGUUCUUUGUUGAUUGUUCAGCCAACGCAACCCCCGAGUUUGAAGGACGUGGAGGCGAGGAGCUCGGGACGGAGCUGAGCAACACACUGUACAAAGUUUUCAACAAUAAGCGCAGCUUGGACUGGAAAACUUUGUGUAUCAGUGAGGGUGAACACUGCUGGGUGCUCUAUGUGGAUGUACUGCUCCUUCAAUGUGACGGAAACCUGUAUGAUGCCAUCUCAGUCGCUAUCAAAGCAGCUCUUUUCAGCACCAAAAUCCCCAAAGUGCACAUAUCAACCGAUGAAGAAGGAAGCAAGGAAAUCGAGUUGUCGGAUGAUCCCUACGACUGUAUGAGGCUCAAUGUGGAGAAUGUUCCCUGUAUAGUGACACUGUGCAAGGUAGGGCACAGGCACGUGGUGGACGCCACCCUACAGGAGAAGGCGUGUUCUGUGGCCAGCCUGAUCAUCUCUGUCACACACAAGGGAACGGUCACCUGCGUCAGGAAGAUAGGUGGAGGUAGCUUGGACCCGGAGAGCAUUUUUGAAAUGACAGAAACAGGUAAACGUGUGGGGAAAGCCCUCCACGCGCCUCUGGUGAAGCUGCUGCAGGAGGAGGAGAGUUUAGGAACAAAGAGACAGAAAGUCGGCUUUCUUGGUUAG